AUGCACGAAACAGUCAAGCCAUCGCGAGCUCCAUCAAUAGGAAUCGAUUUCGGUACGGCGUACUCUUGUGUCGCGGUAUUUCGCCAUGGGAAAGCUGAAAUCAUCCCUAACGAUCGCGGAAACCUUAUGACACCAUCGUGCGUCGCGUUCACCGAGAAGGAACGCCUUAUCGGUGAAGCAGCCUUGGAGCAAGCGGUCGAUAACCCAGAUAAUACGAUUUUUAAUGUGAAGAGACUAAUAGGCCGACGUUUUGAAGAUGAGGUAGUGCAAAACUACAGAAAGCAUUGGCCCUUGACCGUUGUUCUUGAAGAUAGACGACUAAAAAUCCAGGUUAUAUAUAAGGGUAAGGUGAGAACUUUUUUCCCAGAAGAAGUCUCUUCGAUGAUCCUUGCUAAAUUGAAGGUAACAGCAGAGGCAUAUCUGGGAUGUAGGAUUUUCAAUGCAGUCAUUUCUGUGCCUGCAAACUUUAACGACGCUCAGAGACAGGCUACCAAGGAUGCUGCAAUAAUUGCUGGCCUCAGUGUGUUACGAAUUAUAAAUGAACCCACUGCAGCUGCUAUCACCUAUGCGCUCAGUCCACCGUCUACAGUGGGGCGUCAUAUACUUGUUUAUGAUUUCGGUGCUGGUACGUUCGAUGCAUCUGUAUUAAGUAUUAAAGGCAAAGAUCUCAAAGUUUUAGCGACCUCGGGAAACACUCACCUCGGUGGGGAGGAUAUUGACAAUCGAAUGGUAGACCAAUUCGUAGCUGAAUUUCAUCGUAGGCACAAAAUAGACCCAUCGUCAGACAUGCGAGCCCUUCGGCGUUUGCGAACGGCUUGGGAACUUGCUAAGAUAAUGCUAUCACCAUCGGACGAAACCUCUAGCGACAUCGCUCAUCCGGAGGAGCUCUCAUCGACGAGCGAAACCUUAAUUCAGAUCGACUCUUUAUUUGGUGGCAUUGAUUUUUUCACCAGUAUUACCCAAGCUCGUUUCAAUGAGUCAUGUAGCGAACUAUUUGAGCUGACCAUUACGCACGUCGAGAACGCUUUGCGUGAUGCAAAUCUUUCUAAAAUGGCUAUCGAGGACAUCAUCUUGGUAGGCGGUUCCUCUCGAAUUCUGCGAGUACAGCAAUAUCUGAAAGAUUUAUUUUAUGGAAAAGAGCUCAGCCAGUUCAGCCAAAUGGGUGAGGCUGUGGCCCGAGGGGCAGCUGCUCAGGCCGCAGUAAUGACCGGUGACGCCGCAGAAACACUUCAGGGUUUAGCGUUUUUUGACGUGACACCUCAUUCGCUUGGUAUAGAGGCUACAGACGGGAGUAUGGAAACGCUCAUCACGCGUAACACAACAAUACCGGCGUGGCAACAGGACACGAUUGGCAGCUCACGCAAAGGCAAGAAGGUCAUCCCAAUUGAGAUCUACGAAGGCGAACGAUCCAUAGCCAAAGAAAAUAACCUUCUUGGCACGUUCGAAUUCAAUUUUUCGCCCACACCCAAUAGUAGCUCGUGUGCUUUUGAAAUUCUCUACGACGUCGAUGCUAACGGAAUUCUCACAUUGUCACAGGGUAAGAGGCUUGUACCAACCAAAGAAACAGUCGGCUUUGAGAGCACAAAUGGUCAGGGAGGCCUGACAAUCACAACUAGUAAGGACAGACUUUCCAAUGAAGAAAUAGCACGUAUCAUUCAACAGAAUAAGGACGAAGAAAAUAAGGACACAUAAUGGAUCUCUACGAAUACUAUUAUGGAGCCUUGACCCUUGUUUGGGGCUGUGUGUAAUAAAAAGGAACAUUUGACGACUUUGCGGUUAGACAUCAAAUGCGAGUACAUAUAGUAUAUGUAUGGCAAAACAUGUGCUAGGAAGAUUUAAUAACGACAGCCUAUUUUUUAGGUUCAAGGGAUUAAAAAAUUCAGCUAACCGAAGAUACAGCAAUGCAAAUCAUUGAGAAAAAUCUACUUUAUUA